AUGUCAACUCCAGCGGGCAAUCAAGAAAACAUCCCCACCACCGUCGCUGAAGACAGCCAGAACAAGAUCGUGGUACGGACAGCAGACGGCAAGGUCUUCGAGUUGAAGAAAGAAGUGGCCAUGGAGAUAUCUACCAUCAAGGCCUUCAUCGAGGAGGACAAUAUCUCUUACGAGACGGCGAUGCCCUUACACAAUGUGGAGAGCUGGGAGUUGGAGAAGGUCAUAGAGUACUGCAGCAACUAUGUCGACCUCAAAGGCAAGGACAAGGAACUCAAGGCCUUCCAGUCCGAGUACAUUAAGGACAUGAGCCCUAAGAGUCUACUGGAUCUCACCAACACGGCCAAUUACUUGGAGAUCAAAUAUUUCCUUGACUUCCUCUGUAAGACAGUGUCUGAUCAGAUUAAGAACAAGGAUGUCGACUUUGUGAGGAAGCUCUUUCAAUUGGAGAAUGACUUCAGUGGUGAGGAGUAUGAGAAGGUCAAGGCAGAACAUCCUUGGGCUCAUGAAAACCUUGAUGAUGAUUUUCAUUGA